AAGCACGCUAGAGGGCUCGCCAGUCUGGGAGGAUACUCACCGACCCUGGUGGAGGGUAUUGCCGGCAGCCCUACCGCGUGCUCGCCGGGAAGAUCCCCAUUGUUCUUCACACUAACUCGCUGGUGGUCCGGACUCUAGCUCGCCAUCCACCGAGAAGAUCCCGCUGUUCUUCAUGGUUUGCCGGAGGAAGGAGGAGGCUCGUUGGACCUGGUUGUGGACCGACGGAAAGAGUGGCUCGCCGGAGAGGUUUGUCGGGGAUGACCGGACCGAUAGAGAGGACCGCCAGAGGAAGUGGGAGCUCGUCGGAGGGCCGCCGCUGCUGUCCGUGGCUCGCCUGAAUAAGUGGGAGCUCGUCGGAUGGCCACCGCAGAUGUCCGUGUCUUGCCGGAAGAAGUGGAGCUCGGCGGAGGCCCGCCGUUGCCGUCCGUCGAGAAGGUGGCUCUGCCGAGGGCUGGUGGCUGCUCUCCAUGGUCGCCCAAGGCCAGAAGGAGCUCCCCACUUCUCUCCGGAAGUGAGCCACACUGGAAGGCUCGCCGAAAAGGACCCGCCGUUGUCCAAUGUCUCAAAAUGGCUUCUCCAGAUCUGGGCGGUCAAUCAACAUGAUGCAGAAGAGUAGGGAGUUUGUUUUUUCUCUUCUGCCCUUUUCCCUUCAACCUCUCUCUCUCCCUCUUUUUUGUUUUGUCUUUUUUUACUUUCUCAACCCACUUUUUUUUCUCCAUUACGGACUCGGAGCACAAAAGCUUUUUGUGACGGGUCCCACGGAUGGCGCCAGUGAUGGAAACUAUCAAGAAGAAUCUUUAUUUGAAGGUCGAUUGGAAUCUACGUCCUUGAAGAAGAUCUUUGAGAAGGUGUAACAAGCCGUGGAGAUAGACGCAAACCGAGUUUGUCGUCAAGUCAUUCGUAAGUAGACAAAUCAAUACAUUAGAAGGUUCUGUUGUGAUUGAUUGUGUAAUUCUUACGGUGAUUUAGUGGAAGGGCUAUUACACGGACGUGGGCCUUGCAGACGCCCAAAGUUUUAUUCCGGCCCAUACUUGUAAAUAUAAAAAAUCUCCAAAACCUAAUACCUUAUUUCCGCCACUUCGACCAUCUAAUUUCUUGCCUACGUCUUCAUCUCUUUCUCUCAUAUUCUUCUAUCUCUGCGUCUCCAUCUCUUUGUCUUCGAUUUCCUUAUACGCCGAUUCUUCUUGUCGGUGCAUAAAUGGCCUUAUGUGCUAUUGAUAUUUUUAGUCAAUGGAUUGUUUGGAUGAUUAUACGUUUUGUUUUGAUUUAAUAUAUUUUUUUCCAUUUUCCAUUAAGAUCUGGAACAUCUUCAAACGCGCCAUCGGUGUGAGGUCAACAAACUGGUACGUUCAUACCGGAUCUUUGCUUUGCUGCUGGGAUAUGAUUCUGCUUGCGAUGUUUUUUUUUGUUCUUAAUGGUUUUCUUAAUUUGAAUUUGAAGCGAUUAAUCGGCUAUAGGAUCAGGGAGCGUAUUGCCUGCACUAAUUUCUCUGUUCUGUAUUUUUUCGGUUUGUGUUCGAAAAUUACUUUUUAAUCGUGGUAUUAAAUUUAAUUAAUUUUUAAGAAUUUUGUUUUAGUGCUUUUCCCUCUGCUGAACCCUAAACAGACCCAACCAUGAUUGUUUUAGUAAAGCAUAUUUUUAAUUAUAGCCUUUUGAUUAUAAAUCUUACUGUUUAAA